UUAGGUGGGCGGGGAAUGUGUUUCGAUUGCGCGCUGUGAUUGGUCAGUGUCUCUCCUGGUUACCAGCCCUCACUGAACGCAACAACACACAGACGCUCCUGCAAACAGAACGGCGAUUUCAGCUGAGAAAUGUCAUGGACUGAGCUCAGGAGGAGCAGGGGAGGAAAACACUCCUCUGCUGAGGAGAAGCUGGAUGAAUAUUUAAUCAACCUGCAGCACAAAAACAGGGCGUUGAAAAGACUGCAGAGGAAGGACCCUCAACAGGCCGAGUUGGAGCUUUUAGAGCAGGGCUUCAAUCUGUACAUCAACGGUGCUCAUGUCAGCACUGCUAAUGCGCCUCAGAACAGCCGAUCCAGCAGGAAAACCGUCCAGCCUUCAGUAGCAGCCCAUCCACCAACACAGAGAAACACACGCACUGCAGAUUCAUCCAGAGAGAGUGGAGAGGAUUGUGCGGUCAAUCGACAGAAACAGAGGAGCCGCACGGCACCUGAGAAAACACAGAGACGACGAUGGGUGCAGGAAUCUGUGUACAUCUGCACUGAGAAAGGAAAUAAAGUGAAGAUUUCACCAGAGCACAGAUACUCCGAUGACUUUGAGCCGUACGAGAGUGCGAAUAUGGAGUCUGCUCACGACAGCAGUAAAGCAUCACGUAAUGUUGGUCUGAGGUCACGCAGUGAGCCAGAGCCGGUCGACAGGGUUCUUCUGAAUGCUGACCAGGUCAAGGCACUGAGACGCAGCCUGGAGGUGAGUGUCAGACGCAGCAGUCGAGACUCAGCUGGAGAGGAGUCGGAGGAGGAAUGGAUCGAGGAGCAGAUCGAGAGAGAGGAGAGCAGCGACAGCCUCCCUGACCUCACACUUCCUGCCCAACCCACAAGCCAGCCAAUCAGCAAGCAGCUCAGCCAUGGUGACCUUAUCAUGCUGGAAUUCAGCCCCUCCUCGCAAGGUGGGCGAAAGAUCGAACACCCUCUCUCUGCUAAAAGAAAGGACAACAUGGAGUCGUACAUCCCCACCAAACCAGUCACCGUCAGGAGACCGGCAGAGAGAACAUCUGGUAGCAGACCGGAGAUGUCACGGCCGUGCAGUCGUAUAGAACGCCCCCUGUCUGCGGCUCGUAAGGUGCAGGAGGAGCGAGAUUCGGAGGAAACGGCUGCCGUCGUGUUUCAGGCCCUGCAGAGAGAAAACUCACCGCUGCAAACACACCAGCAAGAGAGGAGUAUGACCAGACACACGCCGGAGGAGGAGGAGGAGGAAGAUGAUGAUGAUGACGAUCAGUAUCGGGUUAGCAGAGCUAUGCGAAGAAUCGCUCUCAUGGAACCAAGGCAGCAGAAGUGUUUGUUAAAAGCUCUAGAGAGAAUCGAUGCUGACGAUAAGUCUGAUCUCACUGAAAGCAGCAGCUUUACUCUAACUCAUAGGGAAGCAGCCCUGCAGGUGACGCCCACUGUUUACGUUACCAUGGAGAUCAUGUCAAACUGGGGUCACCCGGGUCAGGUGGGGCUCACGGAAGUUCAGUUUUUCUGUCCGCAAAAUCGCAAGCUCUACGUGUCGCCACAUGACCUUGAUAUUCGCAAUACGGACCAGCCGGGAAAUCUGGCUGCCCUCGUCAAUGGAAAAACUAAAACCACAAAAGAGCGUCACAUGUGGGUAUGUCCAUUCCACCCGCCAGUCCAGCUGUAUUUUAUCAUCAGGAAUGUGGAGCGAUCUCCGAACUUCAAUAUCUCUCGAAUCAAAAUUUGGAAUUAUAACCACAGCCUUAAUGAUCUGGACAUUGGCGCGCGACUUGUGCGCUUGUAUGUGAACAGCACUCUGGUGUUCGAGGGUCAGUUGGACAAGGGCUGUGGUAACCAGGUCUUUGACUACAGCAACUCCAUUGAGCUCCAGGAACCACAUCUCCCAGAGUGCACCUCUCCAAGCCCUGUCUCUUCAGGACACAGUCUGCAAGACUACAGCCCACAUGACCCAGAGCCUCAGGAGUCAAAUGCUGAUGUCUCUGUAGUAGAAACCAGGCAGGACAAAUCUGACCUAGUUAACCCUGGCAGCUGUGCUGCAGAAAUGCAAAGAGACACUCUAGAAAGAGACGACUCGCCGCCUCUGGACCUCACGUUACCCGCUGGCCGGACCGAGGUGAUGAAGACGGUGACCACGCAACCCUCCUCCAGUCGGAUUCCACAUUGGCUCCAGCCGCUGAAUCGUACCGCAACCGACGAGGCCGAAGCGUCUCGGGAACGAGAGCGUCCUCAGUGGCUCCAGUCACAGAAUACAGCUGAGACCAAAUCCAAACACUCAGUGCUGCCUGACAUCUCGUGCAACCCUGUGCGUGCCUGCAAAGAGGCCUCCAGCAACAAGGGCCUGCAGAGAAUGGCGUCUGGCGAAUUCAGCUCUGAUUCAUUAGAUUUGGACCCUGAUUUGGGAUUGAAUUACUUGAGGACAGAACAAGAUUCGCACUUUGAGCAGCACUUGACCGAUCGGUUGGAUCAAGGAUUGGACCUGUGGGAUGAGCGGUUUGAGAGGACGGAGCGGCCCAUCAGUGGCAGGAGGGGUUCAGCACGGUCUAUGAACAAAACACAGCCGGAGUUCACAGCAACAGAGGAAAGCAGCCCGGCAUCCGUCCGUAACAGAAGACCAAAACCUCAUUGGUGCGAACCGGAUGACCCGUUAAUGGAAUCCUGGGACUCGUUAACAAAGUUCAACCAGUGUCAGCGAGGACGAAUCUCCAACAUGGGUCUGGAGGGAGAUAUUUUCGACGAGUUUGUUCAGCGUCAGUCCCGUCCGUCACCCGUUGCCACUCGACGCCCCUCCGCACCGGCGCUCCCUGAUUCUGACGAUCCCGAAGAUGACCCUCGCGACCCCGAUGAGGACUUCGAGAUCCCUGUUCUCCCACAAGGCCGGCACCUUGUCAUUAACAUCCAGUCCACGUGGGGCGACCGUCACUAUGUCGGCCUCAAUGGUAUCGAGAUCUUCUCUUCCACCGGUGAGCCGGUCACACCGGUCCACAUCACAGCCGACCCACCUGAUAUCAAUAUUUUGCCAGCCUACGGGAAAGACCCACGUGUUGUUACUAACUUAAUAGAUGGCGUACACCGGACUCAGGAUGACAUGCACCUCUGGCUGGCCCCGUUCACGCCGGGUCGCAAGCACAUCAUCAGCAUGGAUCUGGGUGUUAGAUGUUGCCUUGCGAUGAUCCGUGUUUGGAAUUACAACAAGUCCAGGAUUCACUCAUUCAGAGGAGCGAGAGAAAUGGAAAUGGUUCUCGAUGGACGUGGUAUCUUCCGUGGGGAGAUCGCCAAAGCUUCUGGAACACUUUCUGGAGCAUUAGAUCAGUUUGGCGAUACCAUCCUGUUCACCACAGAUGAUGACAUCCUGGAGGCCAUGGCGCAGUAUGAUGACACGUUUGGGAGUGAGAUGGAGAUGGGCGGAACAGGCGUAGAGGAAGAAGAGCUGCAGCGGCCCCGGACAGCCGACGGUGAAGGAGAGGAGAGACCGUUCACACAGGCCGGGUUCAGGAAAGAGGAUACGCACACUGACAUGGAUGUGGACCACAUAGCUGCAGUAGAACCAUGUGCAGAUACUGGAGAGGAAACAACAGGACUUUAUAGUGGCAGCAUUCUGCAGCUGAAUCUGCUGUCAUCGUGGGGUGACCCUCACUAUGUGGGUUUGACGGGGUUAGAGGUCGUCGGUAAGGGCGGUGAGAGCAUUCCUGUUGAUGUCUUUAUGGUAACAGCGUCACCCCGUGACCUCAACGACCUCCCUGAGUACAGCAAUGACCUUCGAACUCUGGACAAGUUGUUUGAUGGGAUGAACAUCACGACAGAUGAUAAACACAUGUGGCUGAUUCCCUUUACAUCCGUUUCUGAUCACACACUCACUGUACGGUUCAGCCAGACACAGACAAUCGCUGGACUCAGAAUAUGGAACUACAACAAAUCACCUGAAGACUCAUACAGAGGGGUUAAAGUUGUGCAUGUGUUCCUGGACGGCACGUGUAUUUCUCCACUCGGAGGGUUUCUCAUUCGCAAGGGACCAGGCAAUUGCCACUUUGACUUUGCACAGGAGAUUCUGUUCAUAGACUACAUACAGUCCAACACGAGCACUGCCGCCCAUAACAGAUCACUCACUACGACCAGCAAAAACACAGAGGACAGGGGUGGGAACAGGAGAGAUGAGUUGGCCAGUAUGGACUAUGAGGCUCCAUUGAUGCCGUGCGGAUUUAUCUUUCAAUUGCAGUUAUUGACGACGUGGGGCGACCCGUAUUAUAUCGGCCUUAAUGGACUGGAGUUCUAUGACCAGAAUGACCAGAAGAUCCCGCUCAGUGACAACAACAUCGCUGCGUUCCCUGACAGCGUGAAUGUGCUGGAUAACGUGUGCGGUGACGUCCGCACACCUGAUAAACUGAUAGAGGGGAUCAAUAACACACAUGACGGACGACACAUGUGGCUCGCGCCAGUGCUGCCUGGACUGGUGAACCGUGUCUAUGUCAUCUUUGACCAGCCAGUGACGGUCUCCAUGAUUAAAUUAUGGAAUUAUUCCAAAACACCUCAGCGAGGAGUCAAGGAAUUUGGGCUCCUAGUCGAUGACUUGUUAGUGUAUAACGGGAUUUUAGAGUGUGUGAAGAACGUUUCACGAGGAAUUCUGCCAACCCUGGAUCCUGUCGUUCCUUACCACACCAUACUGUUCACAGAAAACACUCAAAUCACACAUCGAGAGAAAAGCACAAUUAUCAGCAACCAUGUGGAGGACCAGGAUGUGAAAUUAACCAAUGAGAAUCAGAUCAUUCACCAGCACAAGAAGAAACAAACAGCUGACCCAGCUCUGCGGCCUAAAACCUGCAUGACGGAUGUACGGAAACACGGAAAGCAGCGAUACUGAGAGCAAGACGGCAGGGUUCAGGGAUUAUGAAAGCAGGUUUUGUUUUUCUUUACCCUCUGGGAAUAUUUGGAAAACUCAGUAACCUCAACACACACACCUAAACUGUACAAUAAAGCUGUAUAUUUGUUUUUACUAA